UUAAACUUCACUUAUAACUCUGGACAAAAGAUAGCUAUUUCUAACAGUAAGCGCAUUCAGCAAUUCAAAAAAUAUUUCCAAGUUUGAAGUUGAUUAAUAGCCUGCAGUUUUAUGGUUCGCAUGGAGGUUUUUUUCAGUAAACUUACAUAAUUUUCUUUUUUUCACAGAAAGUGACAAAUGUGUGAUUAUUAUUUGUAAAGUUAUUUGGUAAGACGCUGAACUGUAACUUUCUCCAGUUAUGGCAUUAAGUGGUAAGGUAGCUCUUGUAACUGGUGCGGGGCAAGGUUUAGGGAAAGGCUUUUCUGACAUUCUUCUGAAAAAUGGAGCAACGGUGGCACUGUUGGAUAUAAAUGAAACGGUUGGGAAAAGCGCCAAAGCGGAUUUUGAUAAAGAGUACGGAGAAGACCGUACCAUUUUCUUGAAAUGCGAUGUGACCUCAGACGAACAACUGAAAGAUGCAUUCCAAAAAACCAUCAAAAGGUUUGGCAGAAUCAACAUAAUGAGCAACAAUGCAGGGAUUGUGGACGAGACUAACUGGGAGAAAAUGGUGGCAAUAAAUCUGAAUGCAGUGAUUCGGGGCACCUAUCUGGCACUUCAGCACAUGAAGAAGGACACUGGAGGAGAAGGAGGGGUCAUAGUCAAUACAGCUUCCAUAGCAGGCCUGGCUCCCUUCUUACUCUUGCCUGUAUACGCGGCUGCCAAACAUGCAGUAGUUGGGUUCAGCCGGUCUGUGGCAGACGCCUCGAUGAUGAGUGGGUAUGGCGUGAGGAUCAACACCCUCUGUCCCACUUUUGUCAAAACUCCCCUCCUCGAAUUCUUGUCCAAUGCGGGAACAGCCGGACAGUUUUUCCACCUCUUCCACCUAGUCCAGGACAUUGAAGCGCGAAUAGGGAUAGUCGAGGUACCAGCGGUGGCUGAGGGGUUCCUCCAGCUGGUGACUGAUGAGGACAAGAACGGGGCAGUGAUGGUGGUGAAAGAGGAAGGCCGCAGCUACAUGGAUUUUCCAAAGGAAUUCAUGCUUGAUCUAAAGGCCCAUAUUCCCGGUUCUGAGACUAAGCCCCCUUCCCAGUAAAUCCCGUCCCAGUAAACCCUGUCCCAGUAAACCCUGUCCCAGUAGACCCCUGUCCCAGUAAACUCCCGUUUCAGGCAUUCCUGGCUCAGUAGACCCAUGUCCCAGUAACUCUGUGUCCCAGUAAACCCUGUCCCAGUAGAUCUCUGUCCCAUAGACCCGUACCAGUAGACCACUGUCCCAGUAAUUCCCUGUCCCAGUAAGGCCAUCCCAGUAACUUCCUGUCCCAGUAAACCCUGGGUCAGUAGACCACUGUCCCAGUAAUUCCCUGUCCCAGUAAGGCCAUCCCAGUAACUUCCUGUCCCAGUAAACACUGGGUGAGUAGACCCAUGUCCCAGUAGACCCCUGUAACGACUGUGCUUGGGAAACCCAUGUAAUGAGAGAUCACACUCGUUUAUCGGGGAACCCACCCCUAAAGAGUUAAUUGCAGGGAAGGAUAUACAAACUCUCCUCAUGUCAUGUUUUGGGAAACGCAUGAAAUUUCCAAGAGCUGUGUUGAAAUUGUGUGUGAAGAAGUCUGUACAUUUUCAUGAUACGUCGCUAUCGGGAAACUCACCCUUGAUCAUUUUGUUGAGAUUUGUUUUCUAGAUAUCCUCUGCAGCUCAAUCAGACUUCUACAGUGUGGUGCUCAACGUGCGAAAAAUGGACAUUAAACUCCCGAUGUCUCUCUCCGGAUAUAAUGGCACAGUUACAAAUUCCCACACGCCAGCAUGCUUUCACCAGAAACUACUUGUGGGCUCGGUUAGCACUUGGUUGGGAGACCACCUGGAAAAAAAGAAGUUGCUGCUGGUGGUGUUGGUGGGCCAGUAGGGGUGAUCUUCCCUCAGGUCAAAUAAACCGCAAUGCCCCAGCGCAGUGAUGGGGACACUGUGCUGUAGGAAGUGCCGUCUUUCGGGUGAGACGUUAAACUGAGGCCCUGACUCAUGAGGCCCUGACUCAUGAACUGUGUUCAUUAAAUAUCCCAUAACACUCUUUGCAAAGAGUAGAGUGCCCUGGCUAAAUUCUAAACUGGCUGUUCCAACUUGCCACCUAAUCAACCCUCGAUUUAAGUGGCAAUGUUUCUCUCCAUCUCCACCUUGGUUGAUAUGUAGUGAGUGUUCUGGGGCAAAAUGGCUGCCGUGCAUUAUCCAGGUGGGUGCUACACAUUGGUGGUGGUUGAGAUGAAGAACUUGAGUGUCCAGACAUUGAAUUUUAUCGACCUGUUUAUACUGAAGUACAGCAACUGUAUGUCCUUGCAUAUUAUCAACCAGAGCCAUUCCAUUAUUCCGGGGUGCAGUAUCAACAUUGUUAAAACAUUUAUAUAGCGCCUUUAUCCAGAGCGCUGUACAAUUAAUGCUUCUCAUUCACCCAUUCAUACACACACUCGCACACCAACAGCGAUUGGCUGCCAUACAAGGCACCAAUCAGCUCAUCAGAAGCAUUUGGGGGUUAGGUGUCUCACUCAUUGCAUUGUAGAACAUCAAAGAAAAAAAACUUUGCCACCUAAAGAUCAACCUGGCUAAGAUUACUGUAGCCCCUGCAAUGUGACUGGUGUAUAUCUUUAAUACGGUAUUCUAAUCCUUUUUGUUCACAAACUAUUGUGCCCUGUGUAGCAAUUUAUUUUUGCAUCUUUUUAUGCAUGUGAGCACUGGACAUGUUAUUCUUUGAACCGACUGCAUGUUUAUAAGAAAUUCAUGGAUUCACAAAACUAUGCAAGUACAAUGUUCUUAUAGGUCCAACUUUCUAGUUAAUAAAAUAAUUUUCAUCUGCU